AUGCCUGGCCUCUACAGUCCUGGCCUACAGUUCCUGGCCUCUGCAGUACCUGGCCUCUACAGUACCUGGCCUCCACAGUGCCUGGUCCUGUGCUGGCCCCUACAGUACCUGGCCUCUACAGUGCCUGGCCUCUACAGUGCCUGGCCCCUACAGUACCUGGCCCCUACAGUACCUGGCCUCCUACAGUACCUGGCCACAGCACCUGGCCUCUACCAGUACUGCAAGCACUCUACAUGCGCCUCCAACACAGUACCACCUUCAAGGUCCUCCAACACAGUGCCUCCUCCAACACAGUACUACCUUCAAGAGUCUCCAACACAGUGCCUCCUCCAAUACCACCUUCAAGAGUCCUCCAACACAGUGACUCCUCACACAGUACCACCUUCAAGAGUCCUCAACACAGUGCCUCCUCCAACACAGUACCACCUUCAAGAGUCCUCCAACACAGUGCCUCCUCAAACACAGUACCACCUUCAAGAGUCCUCAACACAGUACCACCUUCAAGAGUCCUCCAACACAGUGCCUCCUCCAACACAGUACUACCUUCAGAGUCUCCAGCAGUGCCUCCUCAAAGCCACCUUCAAGAGUCCUCCAACACAGUACCACCUUCAAGAGUCCUCCAACACAGUGCCUCCUCUAACAGUCCUCCAACACAGUGCCUCCUCCAAGACAAGUACCACCUUCAGGGUCCUCAACAGUCCUCCAACACAGUGCCUCCUCCAACAGUCCUCCAACACAGUGCCUCCUCCAACAGUCCUCCAACAGUCCUCCCAACGUGCCUCCCUCCAACAGUCCUCCAGCACAGUCCACCUCCACAGUCUCCAACUUGAGUGCCUCCUCAACAGUCCUCCAACACAGUGCCUCCUCCAACAGUCCUCCAACACAGUGCCUCCUCCAACAGUCCUCCAACAAGUGCCACCUUCAAGAGUCUCCAACACGGUGCCUCCUCCAACACAGUACCACCUCCAACAGUCCUCCAACACAGUUCCUCCUCCAACAGUCCUCACACAGUGCCUCCUCCAGUCCUCCAACAAGUAA